UUCGGUCACGUGACGUAGCUUCCGAAGAUGGUGGAAGUUUCUCCUUCCUUGAAGUGAAACCCCGACUGAAACCCAAACAUCCUCCGGAGCGAGGGGCCGGGUGGACGCUGCAGUGCUACUGCUUCAGUUUUACAGUUUCUCCUCGGAUCCGGGCUUUCAUCCCAGCCCUAUGUCAUGGCCAGUGGAGUCACCAAGUCGGGCACUUCGAAUGGUUACCCUAUGAAAGCACAGCUGCAAAUCAUUGUGAUAUCAGCAAAACUGAAAGAAAACAAGAAAAACUGGUUUGGUCCCAGUCCUUAUGUGGAAGUGACAGUCGACGGCCAGUCCAAGAAAACAGAGAAAUGCAACAACACGCACAGCCCCAAAUGGAAGCAGCCACUCACUGUGAUCGUGACUCCAUUCAGCAAACUAACGUUUCGUGUGUGGAGCCACCAGACGCUCAAGUCAGAUGUUUUGCUUGGCAUGGCCGCGCUGGAUGUCAGUGACACACUGAAGUCUAACGACAUGAAAAUCUCUGAGGUGGUGCAGACCUUACAACUGUGUGCAGACAGGGAUCAGUCAGAUGUGGUGGGAGACCUGUCUGUCUGCCUAGACGGCAUGACUGUUGACCCCGAGAUGUUCGCCAUGGCCGAGGCUGACCAUCACAGUCCAUCAAAUGGGGAGUCACAGCCUAAUGGAGAUCAUCCCAUAAGGCGCAGUCGAGACAGCUCUCCAGCUGUGGACGGUGUAGAGCACAGGUCUUCUCCCAGUGGCCGCAGGGCAACGAACAGCACAGGGUCUCCCUCUGUGUCAUCAGGGGGAUUGAGGCCGGUCCGACCACCCAGGCCCUCCAGGCCUCCGCCUCCAACGCCCCACAGACCCACCUCUUCACCAGCAUCUUCCAGCAACGGCUCUGCUGCAGUGGAUGGCAAUGACGGGCAGUCAGGUUCUGAUACACCAGUGCGAACACCAGCUUCAGGAUCCACAUUGGCCCCAGACUCAAGUCCAUCGGGAGGUUCAGACAGGAGCUCCACUUUGACUUCUGGCUGUGGAGCUGCAGCAACCAGACAGCCAACCAGCAGCAUCACUCCUACUAUCCCUUCCAGAGUCCCCGCAGUCACAGCUGGACCAUUACCUCCUGGAUGGGAGCAGAGGGUGGAUCAGAAUGGCAGGUUGUAUUUCGUUGAUCACGUAGAAAAGAGAACAACGUGGGAGCGCCCUGAGCCACUACCUCCUGGCUGGGAACGUCGUGUUGACCAGAUGGGACGGGUCUACUUUGUUGAUCACAUCACACGAACCACCACAUGGCAGCGCCCGACUAUGGAGACAGUGCGUAACUAUGAGCAGUGGCAACACCAGCGCAGCCAGCUGCAGGGCGCCAUGCAGCAGUUCAACCAGAGGUUCAUAUUUGGGCUACAAGACCAGGUCUCAGUCGCUCAGAAUAAGGAGUUUGAUCCUCUCGGGCCUCUGCCACAUGGAUGGGAGAAAAGAACGGACACAAAUGGCAGAGUUUAUUUUGUACAUCAUCCUACACGGGCAACACAGUGGGAGGACCCACGAACACAGGGGCUGUUGAAUGACAAGCCGCUCCCAGAAGGCUGGGAGAUGAGGUUCACGGUAGAUGGUAUUCCUUACUUUGUAGACCACAACAGGAGAACCACCACCUACAUCGACCCUCGCACUGGAAAAUCAUCACUUGAAAAUGGACCACAGAUCACGUAUGUUCGAGACUUCAAAGCCAAAGCACAAUACUUCAGAUUCUGGUGCCAGCAACUGUCAAUGCCUCAACACAUCAAGAUCACAGUAACCAGAAAAACCCUGUUUGAGGACUCAUUCCAGCAGAUAAUGAGCUUCAACAAUGCUCAGGAUCUACGAAGGAGGCUAUGGAUUAUCUUCCCUGGAGAAGAAGGCCUCGACUAUGGGGGUGUUGCCAGGGAGUGGUUCUUCCUGUUGUCCCACGAGGUUUUGAACCCCAUGUAUUGCCUGUUUGAAUAUGCUGGUAAAGAUAACUACUGUCUUCAGAUCAACCCAGCCUCCUCCAUCAACCCUGACCACCUCAAGUACUUCAAGUUCAUAGGACGCUUCAUUGCCAUGGCUCUUUUCCAUGGCAAGUUCAUCGACACUGGUUUCUCACUGCCAUUUUACAAGCGCAUCCUCAAUAAGCCGUUGGGCCUCAAAGACCUGGAGUCCAUCGAUCCUGAGUUCUAUAAUUCCCUCAUGUGGAUAAAGGAUAACAACAUUGAGGAGUGUGAGCUGGAGAUGUUCUUCUCUGUUGACAAGGAGAUCUUGGGGGAAAUCACCACCCAUGACCUGAAACCAGGAGGAGGAGAUAUCCAGGUUACAGAGGAGAACAAGGAGGAGUACAUCAGACUGGUAGCAGAGUGGCGUCUGUCCAGAGGAGUGGAAGAGCAGACGCAGGCUUUCUUUGAAGGCUUCAACGAGGUCCUCCCUCAGCAGUACCUGCAGUACUUUGACGCUAAAGAGCUAGAGGUGAUGCUGUGUGGUAUGCAGGAGAUUGACCUUGCAGACUGGCAAAGAAACACAAUCUACAGACACUACGCUCGCAGCAGUAAACAGAUCAUGUGGUUUUGGCAGUUCAUAAAGGAGAUGGACAAUGAGAAGAGAAUGAGGCUGCUGCAGUUUGUCACUGGGACCUGUCGCCUGCCUGUAGGAGGUUUUGCUGACCUCAUGGGAAGCAAUGGUCCUCAGAAAUUCUGUAUUGAGAAAGUGGGAAAAGAAAACUGGCUUCCUCGAAGUCACACAUGCUUCAACAGACUGGACUUGCCACCUUACAAGAGCUACGAACAGCUGAAAGAGAAGCUGAUGUUCGCCAUUGAGGAGACAGAAGGUUUUGGACAGGAGUGAGAGAAACCAGGGGAAGUUAAAUUACUGGGUGCAGGAGUCUAAAGGAAUAAAAUGCACCAGUGUUCAAAUCAGGGAGCCUCUUCAGAAUAGGACGGUGUUUCGGGAGUUUGCACCUAUACAUGCAUGCACCUCUAUGGUACUUCUGUGGGAGCGUGUGCAAGAUUGUUGCCUGCAUGUCGUUGGGAUUUGGGCCUAUUGCCCGGCACACUGAGCUCACAGCAAGCCCCUCAACGCCUGACUGGUAUGGGAACAUUUUGUAUCGUUGUAAACCAAACCACAGAAGCUGCUCCUGUCUCUCAGAAUUUUUGCCAAAUUAUGCAUGGUAACCUGAAAACUUGCCCUCCAUGACAUGUUUACCAGGACUACAGUAGUUUCUCCUUUCCUGCACGUGAUCGUCUGAUGGCAUGAGUCAGGGCGGUGCGGUCAAACGCUCCGGACCAGGGAUCCAGCAGUGAUGGUGUUUAAUUUAACACAAGAUUGAGAGGGUGUGUUGUUUUUUUUUUUUGUUGUUGUUUGUUUAGAAAGUUAAGUUCCACCAAAAAGCCAAUUUUGUUGCUCUAAUAUUCUUUGUCGGAUUAGAACGAACAUCACACUCUGAUCUGCGGCUCUUUUUUUUGACUAAAAUGGACAAUAACACAUGACCGUAUAAAAUGAUCGCUUUGACUUGGUGAAUUUUUAAAAAAGUAGUACUUCAAAUUAACACUGAAAUAACAGACAAUCUUGGUGCUUCAAAGAGAUUUGGGAGACAUGCCCGUUUUGUGUUCCUGGUUAUGUCGCAUUUGAUCUGUGAAUCGAUUUAUGAUUGUGAAAAGUGUUGUAUCCUCCAUUUUUAGUAGUGGUGGAGCAGAACUUAAACUGACCCUAGUUUUAUAGGGCCAGAGUUUGCACACUGUGAUGUGGAAUGGGACAUCAUGGAUUAGAGUGUUCUUGAGAAACAUGUAAGUUAUUCAUUUUAGUAUCAACUUUACACACAUUUACAUCUUUUCCUCUUUUAAUUCAUGGGAUGGCAAAAACAAAAGAAAUCCUUUAGGAAUGAAUAAUAUUUAUUUCACAUGUCAGAAGUUUAAAAACACAAGUGGAAAAGCACCAAAACAAAAUCAAACCAAAACGAUUUUUAAAUCUUAACAGUCAUUUUGAAUAAAUAUUUUGCCAAACUGUAAAAUAAAUUGCAUGUAGCUCUUCAUACACAUGUAGCAUUUGAAUUUGAGUGUUUGAACUCUUGUCUUAUCUUGACUUUUCCAUGCUUCACAGCCAACAACAAAGUGAAUUAGAAAAAUAACAAUGAUUUAUUUAACAUUUACCAACGUUGGUCAAAAAGAUGCAGUAUUUAAAACUUUGGUCUUCCCUUUUCCAUUUAGCGGAGCAUUUUACCUCUGAACAGUUUCACUUUGUAACACUUCCUGUUGUUGUCACUUGUUCUGCAGUUAGGUUCAAAUUGAAACACACGGUGAGAUGUGAAUGUGUGGCUGGUAUAUUUUUGAAGAUGUGUUCAAGAUCAUGACUUUAGAGCUCUUAAUUAUGGAUUUCGAGAACAGCUGAUUUAGGCAUAUUAUUAUAUUGAUGAUGGAUGUGUGUGUGCACAAAGAAACCUCCGCUGUGGUAUCCUGUUUUGAUCGUGUAUCGAAAGGGUUUGAAGAACUGCAGAGGCUUGUUUGGGAUAGUUUGUAGGGCAUUACACAUCUGAUCAAGAGCAACAGAGAUAAAAAUGAUUAAACUGCUAAUUUAAGGGAUGUGGUUUGUUGUUUUUGAGUACGCCAUGGAAAACAGAGGUGUGGUCACUGAGAAAUGUUGGAUUCAGGUCGGUCCAGCCUGACGAAGCACAGCACUUUUAUUUUCUUCCAGCAUGCGAGACAUCCAGCCCUGGUUGUUUGUUGUUACCUCUGGGCUCUUUGUUUCCACAUGUGUGCUGAAGUGAUCUUUGGUGUCUGUCAUUAGCCUUCAGGUAGCCUUAUUUCCACCCGUAGACAUCAGGUAUUCUUUUUAACAACUUUCUGUAUGAUCAAGCACGGGUUGCUUUUAUCAAAAAUUAAUAAUCUAGCUUUGGUCAGACACUCUUAGCCCUACUGUGGAGAUGUGACCAGGCCAAGAAGAGUCUUUUUUUUUUUUUCCAAGUACCUGCACCAGUGUGGAGGCCUGUUUCCAUAGCAACUACUGAGACAAAGUUAAAAUAAUGAAUGUAUGCUGGUGAAAAGUUUAUUGGUAAAGUGGCCUAUUUACAGAUUUGCCUAAGAUUGUUACCCCUGAUGCAGGAUGUUGUUUUAAUCUUGUUUGGGUCAUUCACACAUUAAAAUCUUGGGGAUAUAUUAGUUAAGCAAUUAUGUAAAUAUCAUAAUUCGCCGCUCUUUUUUUUUGUGGGUUUUAUAAUCUUGUUUGAAGGAUCCUCCAUGUCUAACUAAACCACUGUCACUCUCCUGUAUAUGAAAAGAAGUUGUAAAUGGUGUCAAUAACAAAUUUUCUUUUGUAAAAGAAAGGUUUUAAUAAGAGGUUUAUGGUAACACUCUAUUUUCUUUUCCUGUUUAAUUUCUGAUGUAAAUUAAAGACGUGUAAUAUAGAAAUUGUCACCUUAAUAAAUUAAAUCCAAAAAUG